AUGGGCCGUUGCUGGUGGCAGCAAGGCAUCACAUCCGACGUAUUUUCGACGCCCACAAUCAUGUCAGAGGCCUGUCCGGUUUACUCCAGGGUUUUGCCCGACACAACUAUGCGAAACCUACCAAUGCUUCUAUAUUCUCAGUUGAAGCAGCUUUUAGGUCCUUUCACGGAUAUGCUAGUGCGACGAAGUCGGAAAUCCAAAACAUCCGCUCCAAAUUCAAUACUCUUCGGGGAGGUCAUCGACGGAUAG